GAGCCAUUCCUCCUAUAUUCUCUCUUCUCUUUGUUGGUGUCUUGUUGUGAUGGCGGCGCAGCCACGGCACUUCCAUAUGGGUGGCGGCAACGGCAAUGCCGGUGGCAGCGACACCACCUACACCAAGAUCUUCGUGGGAGGCCUCGCCUGGGAGACCCAGCGCGACACCAUGCGCCGCUACUUCGAGCAGUUUGGCGAGAUCCUCGAGGCCGUCGUCAUCACCGAUAAGAACACCGGCCGUUCCAAGGGCUACGGCUUCGUAACUUUUAAGGAUCCCGAUUCAGCAAUGAGAGCAUGCCAGGAUCCAUCGCCGGUGAUCGACGGACGGCGAGCUAAUUGCAACCUGGCAUCGCUCGGCGCUUCUCACCGGACCCGGCCGCCGACACCACGACACGGGAUGGCAGGGAGGUUGAGACCCCCCCUGGCUGGACCCAGCAUUGCUGCUUCCACAUAUCAUGGAUCAGCUGCCACCACCUCUUACUUCCAUCAACCUGCCCAAUAUUCCUAUCCUUACUCUGUUUAUGGAUACUCUGGAGGAUACUCCCAAGAAAACAUGUACCCAAUGAGCUACUACGGUUUAUAUGGUGGAAGUGGAGGUGGAGGGCAGCACCACCAGUUUUCUCCAUACUAUGCGGCUGCCGGACCGGGGGUUUUCCAAAAUUUCUACCCCUACUAUGCCCAAUUUUCGCAGGAUAUCCAGGCGCAGAGUGGAUAUGGGCUGCAUUAUCCACAGAUGCUGCAAUAUCCUUACGUGCCACAGCAAUACAGGGCUGGGAUUCUCUCCAUGCCUCCUUCCAUCGUGCCCACCACCGUGCUGGUUUGAUUCAACAGGAGUGACUGCCACAGCAACUGUCGGUUCCAGCUCUUUACAGCAGCCACCCGGAAGCACCUCGGUGCAGAAGCCAUCAUCUUAAUUCUUGCAUCUGAUAUUAGGAUUCAUGCAUUCUUCCAUCCAAAUUACUAACACUGUCGCAUUGAUAGAAGAGAAAAAAAGGAGGAAUCGUAUAUUUGGUCGUAUGAAGGGGUGAAGGAAGAUUUGGGAUUUCCUUGUACCCCUCAUUCCUCUCUGAUUUCAAAGAGGAUAACUGAUUCAUCAGCUCAUUGAUCGAACAAGCGAUCGGGAUGCAUCGCUUGCUUCGCUAACUGUCUUCAACAUCACCAUGGUCUGUUCUUCACCAUCAUCAUCAUACAUUGUUGCAUUGCUUAUUUAUCAUUGCUGUUCAAUUAGACUUAGAUGGAUAGGUGUCUUCUAUUGGCAUGGAGGCUUUAGAAUAUUUGUUGGUGCAUCGACCGGAGGCUGGAACGAAAUAUUUAGCCAUCUUUCCAGCUUCGACAUCAAGCUGACAAUUUAGAGAAAGCGAUCGGUGUGUGUGCAACACCAAUCUCUCAUCUUUAUCAUCCUAGCAGCUCAUCAUGGUUCAGAGAGACAAUUUUAAGUCUUGAAGCUGAUCCAUUGGAAGAUAGCAGCAGAGGCCGCCGGGAUGGCUCUGCUGACUGACUUGUAAUAAUCUUCUUCCUUCUGUUUACUGUUUCUUAUUGUUAUAAAGUUAUAAAUUAAUGCAGGAUUAGUUAGAUUAA